AUGUUAACAGAAGCAGAAACUCCGACCACUCGCGACUUGUUGACGGUCAUCGUCACCACCUCGGUCACACCCUCUGUACCUUCGACAGAACUGCUAUCCUCAGUCCUCAAGUCCUUCAGCCGCCAUUGCCCCUGCUUGCUAGAUUGCCGAGUGAUCGUCACGUUCGACGGUUACGAGCAAAUUACCCCUGUAGCCCGCCUGAAAAAGGGACGUGUUACUCCGGAUCAAGCGAAGGCCUAUAGCCUCUACAAGGAUAGCGUAAAGAAUCUCAUACUUGAGAGUUAUUAUGACUUGUAUCCGAGUGAAGACAAAGUUCCCUUCGCCCAGACUAACGCAGAGGCCGAGUAUGGGAGCCCAAUGGAUCCUAAAAACGUGGUGCACUACACAAUCUCGCAGACACCCAGCAAGAAGGUGACAUUCAUAGAGCCAUCGAGGCGACUGGGCUUCGGCCUUUCUGUCCGUUCGGCUCUAAGAGUGGCCGAGACUCCCUAUGUCUGGAUCCAGCAGCACGACUGGGCUCUAGUCUCUGAUUUUCCACUGAAGCCACUGCUGAGUGUGAUGAGAGAAUCUGAGUCUGGGGGGGAACCCGAGGCCCCCAUUAAUCCGGCAUCGCAACCGGAUAUCAAGAUUCCUUUGACGCCCGUCUUUUUCUGGCACGACAAACCACACAUCUGCUCUACUACACAUUAUCUGAAGCUCGUAUUCCCUUCGCGGUUAGCGGUUCUGCGAGGAGACUUCAUUGAAGACAAGAUCGGUCAGCGCGCUAGAGCACAGAUGAAGGAAGGUCAUUGGGCAAAGUGGGCAACGUGGCUCUAUUACCCCGAUGAAGGGAAGCAGUUGUGCUUAAAACACCUCCGAGGAAGAACCUGGAGGGGCGCUAAAUCCGAGGUCGAAGAGGCUGCGAAAUGGAGACAAUAUAACUGGGAGAUGCAAAAUGCCCUGCAGGACGAUUCUCGAGACUCAACUGAAGAUAGUGGCGCGGAUACGAUGACAGACUCAUAG